AUGACUGAAUCCGACGAGAAGCUGCACUCUUCGCCGAAGUGGCUAAGUGGACUGGAUCGCGUCUUUUGGACGCCGCCAUGGUUGAGAUGGAACCCUGAUGGAAACAACCACGACCUAACCUGGGGACAAAACAUUAUCUUCGGAUUCACAGCAGCCUUUGGCGUGGCCAAUCUGUACUACAACCACCCUAUUCUCAAUGUCCUGGCCGACGAUUUCAAGGUCACCGGCGAGCGUGCCGCGCUUAUUCCCACCAUAAUGCAAGCCGGCUAUGCUGGCGGACUACUAUUCAUCGUGCCCCUUGGCGACAUCAUGCGCCGUCGACCUAUGGUCUUGGGCCUCAUGCUCGCCACAGCCGUCAUCUGGAUCGGCUUGACCCUAACUCGAUCAUUUUCCGUGUUUCUCGGCUUUUCAUUUUUAGUCGGAAUAUUGACCGUCACUCCCCAGUUGAUGUUUCCGCUCGCGAUCCAAUAUGCGCCUCAGAGACAUCGUGCAACCAUGACAUCCAUUGUCAUGUCCGGCGUUGUCUUCGGAAUGCUUAUCGCACGUCUCCUCGCCGGCAUAAUAACACAAUACACUUCCUGGCGCAACGUCUAUUGGAUGUCCUUCGGCCUCCAGAUCCUCAUUCUCCUCCUCCUUACUGCCACAAUGCCCGAUUACCCCAUCCUACGCCCAGACACCUCUUAUCUGCGCAGCCUCUUUUCGAUCCUCAGCCUCCCCUUUAAGAAACCCGUUCUCGCCCAACACGGCUUUAUAGCGUUCUUUAUUAUGGCCAUGUUUACCUCCUUCUGGACAACCCUGACCUUCCAACUCGCCGCCCCCCCUUUCAACUUAAGCACCCUGGCCAUCGGUCUCUUCGCCCUCAUCGGUAUCUCCCCCGUUUUCCUCAACCCCGUCAUCUCCCGCCUCCUGACCUCCAAGCUCCAUCCCACGGGGACGUCCCUCAUCGCCGGUCUCGUCGCGCUAGCGGCUGUUUGUGUGGGCACGUUCGUGGGCACCUUCUCACUCGCCGGUCUCGUUAUCUGGGCGUUUCUCGGGGAUCUCGGUAUGAAUACCCUCGUUGUCGCAAAUAGGAUGGCCAUAGCGGGUGUGGACCCUAAGGCGCAGAAUGCGGUCAACUCUGUGUAUAUGGUUCUCACUUUUUGUGGGCAGUUGUUUGGCACUGCGGUCGGGAAUAUGCUGUAUGCGAGGGGUGGAUGGGUUCAUAGUGGGGCCUUGAGUAUUGGGAUGGUAGGCGCGGCGCUACUCUUGAUGCUGGUUAAGGGGCCUCAUGAGAAAGGAUGGGUUGGGUGGCGUGGGGGAUGGGAUCUGAAGGAUAAGACGAUUGGAGAGACAGCCCGCUCGGGGAAUGAUGUUGAAACUGGGGCUGAACCGGGAACUCAAGAGGUUGAGGGAAUGUCGGGGCGAGACUCGUCUCUCGGGGAUCAGCUGGGCGAGAACUCAGGUGAGACGAAGGCGAAGGACACAGUGGACACAGCACAAACUUAA